AGGUAAUAGUUACAAAAUCGAGAAGGAUGCCAGCUCUUCCUCCAGUCUACACGCCUUCUGGAGCUCCAUCGAGCGUCCACGCACCACCUGCCGUUCCACCAGUUCCAGUUCCGACUCAACCGUUAAGAUCGGAGUAUCAAACGUCUAACGACGCUUGCAUCAAGAGACUGGAAGAGCUUAAUAUUGCUCCUGCUGCAAAGCUCUAUCCAACACCUACUGAACCAGGAAAGUGUGGCGUCGAGGCCGAAAUACAGACCAACGUAUUCGGAAUCGAGAUGCACCAGGAUUCGUUGUUCUAUCAGUACAGCGUGAACAUCACGACGGAGCUGAAAAACGGGAAAGAAGUUACCUUCACUAAGAAGGGGAAGGAUGACUUCGUCGUUACUGAGAGACACGACAAGUGCUGUGCGAUUCUGUUCCGCGCGCUGGGUGACUAUGAGGAGUUCUUCAAAACGUCUGAUAGCUGCCUCAUCUACGAUGGUCAAAGCAUUCUGUUCUCAAACGUGGAUCUUUUCCAAGGGUUCAGAGAAGGCGCAGUAAAGACCAAGUACAUGCAGCUUGAUGGCGGAGAAAUGGAUCAUAAGGAUCUCAAAUCGUUGCCGUGUAUUAAGCUGGAGGUGUUCCCGACUAAAAACCCAGCGGUCAAGUUCACACGAGAAGCCGUAGCAAGACGAGCAACGGACUCAAACCUCGAUUCUGUCAGCUUGGCUUACCAACAGAUCCUGGAACUCGCUCUCACUCAACCAUGUCUUCGCAACACUGCGAGAUACGUUGUUUUCGAUCAUGGAAAAAUGUUUUUCAUUGAUCCACUCGGUGAAGGAUUCGAGAAAUGCGACGUUGUGGACGUUGGGGAUGGGAAGCAAGUUGUACCAGGACUCAAGAAGACGAUCAACUUCAUCGAAGGACCCUACGGCAGAGGACGGAGUAAUCCAUCAGUUGUCAUUGACGGGAUGAAGGUCGCUUUCCAUAAGAAUCAGCCAAUUCUCGACAAACUGAAGGAGAUAACUACGCAGCCUGUGGAACACGGCCUGAAGGGACUCGAAAAGGACCGCUGCGCAGCCGUCAUCAAAGGGCUCGACUGCUAUUCUACAUAUGGCGGUCGUGAACGUCAUCACAAGAUCGAGGGAAUCCAUCACGAAGGGGCUCGAAAUGCUCGUUUCGAGCUCAACGACGGUGGAAGCUGCACUGUAGCUCAAUAUUUCGAAGACGUAUACAACAUCACUCUUCGCUAUCCAGACACAAAUCUCAUCGUUUCCAAGGAGAGAGGAAAUAUAAACUUCUACCCGAUGGAAUUGUUGAAGAUCAGCUCUCAUCAACGCGUUCAGAUCCCGCAGCUAACCAGUGCCCAGAGUCAGAAGACAACGAAGGAAAGUGCUGUUUUACCUGACGUUCGCCAGCGUCUGAUCUUGACGGGAAAAAAUGCGGCGCAAAUCUCAUCGGACAACGAGGUUCUCGGUAAAAUGGGCGUCUCGGUGUGCGAAGAUCCGCUCAUGGUCAAAGGACGCUCAAUUCCUGCGGUGAAGUUGGCAAACGCUGAAAUUGGAGCCAAUCCAAUCAAUGUCAAGGACAACAAGUGGCGUGCCAACCGCUUCACUCGACCAGCCACGGCGCCGAAUGUGUGGGCGAUGUAUGUUGUCGGUACCGCAUCAACUCGCAUAACUUUGGAUACUCUGAAGAAAUUCGCAGAUGAGUUCGCGGCUAUGUGCAAGUCAAAAGGUGUCAACAUGCCUGCUCCUGCUGACAUUUCGCUCAUCCAUAUGGAUGCCAUCGAGAGUCGUCUGUACGACGCAACGAAAGCCAAUUGCACAUUCGUUUUCAUCAUAACGGAUGAUUCAAUCACUACACUCCAUCAGCGUUACAAAAUGAUUGAGAAGGAUACGAAGAUGAUCGUUCAAGACAUGAAGCUAUCCAAGGCGUUGAGUGUUAUCAAUGCAGGAAAGAGGCUAACUCUCGAGAACGUGAUCAACAAGACCAAUGUGAAGUUGGGAGGUUCCAACUAUGUUUUCGUGGACGCCAAGAAGCAGCUCGACUCUCAUCUGAUCAUCGGAGUUGGGAUUUCCGCCCCACCUGCUGGAACCAAGUAUGCCAUGGAGAACAAAGGAGUUCUAAACCCCAAUGUCAUCGGCUAUGCGUACAAUGCACAGCACAAUCAGGAGUUCAGUGGAGACUUCGUGUUAAACUCUGCCAGCCAAGAUACUCUUGCGCCGAUUGAGGAUAUUGUGAUGCACUCGCUCAACGAAUACCAGAAGUUUCAUGAUGGCGGUCUUCCGAGACGCGUCAUUGUCUACCGAACAGGAACAAGCGAGGGAAAUCAUGGAUCAAUCAUGGCCUACGAGAUUCCUCUUGCUCGUGCUGCUAUGAGAGAUUUCUCACCUGAUAUUCAACUUGUAUACAUUGUGGUGUCAAAGGAUCACAGCUUCAGAUUCUUCAAGCCCGAUUUGGCAAGUCUAGCUUCCCGUCCACAAGCGACUUCCAGCACCGCAAGCAGGCAUUCUGCAAUGCCAGCCGCCCCAAAAGCAUGGGAUCUGAAUAUUGCACCCGGUAUUUUGGUCGAUUCCAUCGUGACAAAUCCGGCUUGCAAGCAGUUUUUCCUGAAUUCCCACAUCACUCUGCAAGGAACUGCGAAGACUCCAUUGUACACAGUUCUCGCCGAUGACGCCAAAGUCAGCAUGACAGCUUUGGAGGAUAUCACGUACAAGCUGUGCCAUCUUCACCAGAUCGUUGGACUUCCGACGUCGCUUCCAACUCCAUUGUACGUCGCCAACGAGUACGCCAAGAGAGGACGCAAUCUGUGGAACGAGGCAGUGGCCUUGAACAACGUUCCAACUGUUUCUGGCCCGGAAGCAGAUCGUCUCAAGGAGUUGACCAAGAGCAUCUGCUACAAAGCGUCCGGAGAUCUCACGGGUCGUCGUGUCAACGCAUGAUCACUUUCAACAAGGCAAACUUUGUUUCUUUAACCACCUCAACCCUUCCCUGCUGUUCCAUUAUUUCCUUGUCCCUAUUGCAAUUGUUUUUGAACAACUAAUAACCCUUUCCCACCUGUACCAUUUCACAUUGUUACUCUUACACCACGUUUAUAACCGCAUAGUUUUCCCAAUGUAUUAAUAUUGCCCAUUCUUGUUAUAUCAUACUUAUAUUGUCCCCUGUUAUUCACUUCCCUUGUCAAAUAUUUCCUUUUUUCAGCAACUUGUCAUCGCAAUUUCUUUUCUCGUUGAAAUUACGCUGACAAGUGUGCUCUGUGGCCUUUUUCUUUUUUUUUUUCAUUUGUUUUCUUGUACUAACUUCUCGAAACAUCAGAAGAUGUUUCGAGAAUUUAGUUUUGAAUACUAAUAUAGGCACUGAAAACUUAAUAAAAGUUGAUAGCCGUCG